AUGAAACGGGGGCUUAGUGGGAAAUGUGCCCACCUUUUGGCCCACAGCGACUGCGACUGGGACUGCGAUUGGGACUGGGACUGGAACUGGGACAGUGAAAUCCAAUGUCAACUUCAAGUCGUCCUCGCUUCUGAGUCUGGACCUAUUCUCGAUCAGCACCGACAACUCUCAGAUGAGUCUGAUUGGACCCUCGAAGCCGGCGAAAUAGCCCGUGCUGCCAUUUGCUCGCUCCACUUCGCCUACGUCUUGACAACAGCCUCUUCCCGGUCUCUUCAGCUGGCGCCUCCUCCCUUCGGAAGCCGGUCAAUAAGCUUUUGGACAAUAAAAUCGAGACAUUGCGAAUCAAGUCAAUAUUUCAGAGAUAAUAACCACUGUAUCACUUUAUCAAAACUAAAUGCAGAUGGAAUUUCCUAUCCACCUCAGGCUUCUUUGUUCACUCGCCAAACUGUAAUGGAGUCCGACUACUGCUAUUGCUUGAAUCGAGUCUCGCACGGUGUCCUGGAAUCUUCCACUUAA